AUGGAGGUAGUUGGAGUUGGGGUUGACAAAAUGACGGGUGAGGAUGAGGCUGCACUUAUCUCUCAUACCCCCCUUCCCACCACUGCGUGCAGCCCCACCCCGCCCCCGACAGCUCAGCUGAGAGGGCUGGAGGGUAAGUUGAGGCCAGUGCGACAACCACAUGCAACCCAGCCACAUGGGCCGGCGGUGCUUCACUCAUCUCUCGCUGGACCAGGUCACCCUCCCUCCCUUACAGACCUGGAGGCGUCAGAGCCCUCAUCGGGCUUGGGGGCGGCUGUAUCUGACUUGCUGGCGAUACAGAACACUCGCAUACCCCUCCCUACUCCCACCCCCCCGGCCCCAGUGGUACACGCCCACGAAGCCCCCCUCAUGGACCUUCCUCUUGCAGCCCCCAUCCUGCAGGAACCGUUCCACCCUUCUCCGAUGGAGACCGAUCUGAUCUUCAGACCGUGCGCCUCUGACGCAGAUGUAGGUGCACCACUCCGACCUACCUCUCCCCACCCAUCCCCAUCACCAGCCCCACCUAUCACCACGGCAGAUAGUUCCGAGGGCACGGCCACGGCCGGCCCCACUGACACAGCGACGUCACCAGACGAGGUCGUGAGGACACCCUCCGAUCUCGUUUACCGGGCGAAUGGAGUGGUGACCACCAUUCACUCAGAGUGCGGGACCCGUCAGGGCGACCCGCUCAGCCCUUUCCUGUAUGUCCUCACACAGCGAAUGGCUCUACAGCCAGUUCUAGCUGAGGGCGAUGUCCAGCUAUGGUCAUACGCAGAUGACACUUACGUGCUGGGCCCUCCUUCCAGGGUGCUACACCACUUCGCAGAGAUUGUGAGGCACUUGCGCAAGCUGGGCCUUGCGGUCCAGCCACAAAAGUGUCUCGUCUACGGCAGAGAUUUUGUGACUUCCAGGGAGGUGGAGGCCUUCACGAGUCAGGGGAUUGAGGUCGCUCGCAGAGGACUCAUCGUCACGGGAGUGCCGUGCGCGCCGAUCCUUUGCUCCCUCCCAGUGUGUGGCGCGAGCUUCCGACAGAGCUUCGCAUCGGAUGAUGUUGACCAGAUUGAUCAAUCACUGCGGACGGCGCUGGAGGGCCUCCCACGUGACAUCCUCUCUCUCUUCCCCCCCUGGCACUCUUGUGUCUCUGCUGCCCCUGAUUCUCUUUUCACAGGAGUGAGCCGCGUCUUGGAGGCGCGGGCCUUGGAGUCAGUCCAGGCCCGUCACACUAACCCCUUGGACCUUGCCCGUUUGACAUCCCUUCAGGGCGGAGGUGCAGGCGCGUGGUUGAUGGUGGUGCCGUACGCAGACUCGCUGCGCAUCCCAGAGGCACAGUGGCAGGUGGCCUCAGCUUUCCGUCUCGGCCUCCCUAUCCCCCAACUAGCCCUCGCAGGUCAGUGUUCUUAUGGGCAGGCGAUCGACGACAUGACGGUACCUCACCACGUGGUGCGGUGCUCCCGCUUCGGAGUCGCCACGGUCAUCCACGACACCGUGAAAUACAUGCUUCGGGACUUUGCUUCUGAGGCAGGUUUCGCGGUGAAGGUGGAGGACACCACCUUGAUUCUGCACCUGGAGGCAGCUAGAGCGCGACUGCAGGGACUCUCGGGGACGGGGUACUGGGACAGUCAGGGGCACCGUGGGGACGGCAGCAGCAGUAGGGUGGGCUCGGUCGAGAGGCUGGUGAGCAGGAGGGCCGAGAGGGGCAGGAUGGGCUGGCUAGUGGGGGAGAGGAGGGGGGGCAGCAGCAGCACCGGCAGCAGCAGCAGCAGCAGCUAG